CCUGCUCCUGUUUGUGACACGUUAUCUUUAUCUUCGUUUCUAGCUCUCAGACUUAGGAACAUAUUCAAGCUGUCAUCUCUAUGACUCACAUAGGCUUCUAAAUCAACAGCACCCCUCAAACACUCACUGACUCAUCGCACAACUCAGUCAUGGCGGAGAGAAAGGACAGCAAGAUCCCCAGCAAGGGUCUGAUGAAGAAGAAAGAGAAGAAAGUGGAGAGUAAACCCGAGAAGGAGAAAGAAAAGGUCAAAGAUAAAGAUGGAAAGAUGAAGAAAAAGUCAGAGAAGGCCCCAGAAAAUCUGCCCCAAAAUGAGGAUACGCCUCAGGGAAAUGGAGAGGUAGCAGAAGGCGCAGAAGGAGCUCAGGGACCAGCCAAAGAUGAGGAGUAUCAACUGGAGCCUAUAGAGCUUCCUCCGUUUGAGAUCAUUGUUGGUGACAGAAUGAACCCCACCUUCUUUAAAUUCCAAUUUAGAAAUGUGGAAUAUUCCUCAGGGCGAAACAAGACCUUCCUGUGCUACCAGGUGGACAUACAAGGGGCCACUGAAGAACCAGACGGGCUUCGUGGUUUUCUGGAGGAUGAGCAUUCGUGUUCACACGCUGAAGAAGCUUUCUUCCGGCAAGUGCUGGCCUAUUACGACAAUACGCUUCACUACACAGUAACCUGGUACACGUCCUCGAGCCCCUGCGCAGUUUGUGCUGCUAAGCUUGUGGAGAUCUUGCAAGCCCGCAAGACGCUCCGCCUCAUCAUCCACUGCUCCCGUCUCUUUCUGUGGGAGGAGCCAGAAAUACAAGCCGGACUUCAGGCACUAGUUAGUGCGGGGUGUAAGAUACGCAUGAUGAGACCAUUGGAUUUUGUAUACGUUUGGUCUACCUUUGUAGAGAACGAGGAAGAUAACUUUACACCCUGGGAGGACUGUCAAGAUAGCUAUCAAUAUUAUGAUGAAAAGCUGUGUGAUAUUUUAAAGUAGAAAAAUAUGUUAGCCAUAGAGAUUUGAUUAAAUAACAUUGUUUAAGGUAUAGUUCACCCACAAUUAAAAAUGCUGUCAUCAUUUACUAACCCACAAGUAGUUUCAAACCUGUAUAAAUAACUUUUUUUGCUGAUCACAAAGGAAGAUAGGUGGAAGAAUGUUAGGAAUUUUCAGUUCUGGGACAUCAUUGACUACCAUAAAAGGACAAAUUUUAAUGUCAAAGGUGCAGCAGAACAGUUUUCCUACAUUCUUAAAUAAAUGACACAAUUAUUUGUUCUACUAUGAUGUACUUGAGGGUGAGUAAACGGUGACAGGAGUUUAGUUUUUGGGUGAACUAUCCCUUCAAGUUUCUGGUUGGGAGUUUAAACUUCGGAAUCAAAUUCAAAACACCCUUGUGUAUUUGGAGGCUUCUUAAAUGUAUAGGAUAACCUUAUUUUAUUAUAUAUUGUUUGCCAACCUUCAGAACUGGCCUUGAAUUAACUUUGCAAAAACAAAUAGAGAUGGCUCUG